CACAGUGCUACUGAGCGGGGCUCCCGGGGACACGUACUCUGACAGCCGCUCCCCACGCAGCUCACACACCCGGAGGACAAAAAGUACCCUGUGGACCGGACUCGCCGCAGGAAGAAUCCGUUUCCCGGGGACUUGCUGUCUGUUCUAUGACUGCAAAGAUGGAAACGACAUUCUACGACGAUGCUCUGAGCACCGCUUUUAUCCAGCCCGAAGCCGCCGGCUACGGAUACAACCCCAAGGUCUUAAAGCAGAGCAUGACCCUGAACCUGGCCGACCCUUCAAGCACCAUAAAGCCUCACCUGAGGAACAAGGCUGCCGACCUCCUCACCUCUCCAGAUGUUGGACUUCUCAAACUUGCCUCUCCCGAGUUGGAAAGGCUCAUUAUCCAGUCCAGCAAUGGGAUGAUCACCACAACCCCGACACCGACCCAGUUCCUGUGCCCCAAAAAUGUCACCGACGAGCAGGAGGGCUUCGCGGAGGGAUUUGUAAGGGCGCUAGCCGAGCUGCACAACCAGAACACUUUGCCGAACGUGACCUCGGCCCCUCAGCCUACCAGUACGGGACUGACACCUGUUUCUUCCGUAUCUGGGAGCACUGGAUUCAACAGCACUUUAAACAGUGAGCCUCCGGUAUACGCCAACCUGAACAAUUUUAACCCAACCACCACUACCAUCAACGCCACCCCUGCCUUCAGCAGCAAUACCCUGGGCUUUGGUCCUCAGCAUCACAGUACCCCACCAAUUUCAGUGCAGCACCCCAGGCUCCAGGCUCUGAAGGAAGAGCCCCAGACUGUCCCUGAAAUGCCAGGGGAGACCCCUCCGCUGUCACCCAUUGACAUGGAGUCCCAGGAGAGGAUUAAAGCGGAACGGAAACGCAUGAGGAAUAGGAUUGCUGCCUCCAAGUGCAGGAAAAGGAAGCUAGAAAGGAUUGCUCGAUUGGAAGACAAGGUGAAAACACUUAAAUCCCAAAACUCUGAACUGGCGUCCACGGCCAACAUGCUCCGAGAGCAGGUCGCCCAGCUGAAGCAGAAAGUUAUGAAUCAUGUGAACAGUGGAUGUCAGUUAAUGUUAACGCAACAGUUGCAAACAUUCUGAAAGGACUCCGAGAGGAGAUCGGCCAACGAUAUGGUUUGUUUGUUUGUUUUUUUUUUGGAAAGAAAUAAGUUUCAGGUUGAAACUUCUGCUUGGAAGCGAGAGAGGCUUUGAGACCAGACUGUGUCGAACCGAGAUUGUGCGCCGAGUUUGACAAAGCCUACGGUUGAAGCCAAGUGGCCAAGAGAAAGCACUUGACAUGUGCUGUUCCUGUUCCGAGACAUCCGACCUGCGUUUAGCAUCGACCAAGACAUGCAUGGACCUAACUUUCGAUGAUCAUUCAGUAUUAAGAUUAAAAAGGUUAAAAACGGCUCUAGAGACUAGAUCGUUUCUGUAGUUCUCUUGAAAAGGGAGGGGCAGCGGGAGGGAGGCACUUUGGGACUUUGAAAAAAAAUUCAUGACAACUCUGCCUGCCUUCUUCUUAACUGUGUAUGUGUAAAUACGAUUUUUGUUUUGUUCUGUUUUUUUUUGUUUUAUGAAAGCUGAACUUAUGUCGGUAAAAAAAAAAACCAGCUUCCAGUCUUUGUAAUUUAUUGUAUGUUUGGGUUUAUCGACCCUUUUUUUGUUUGUUUUGUAAAUAAGAGGAUCUUCAGUUUACCAUUUGUAAUAAAGUAUAUAAUUUUUCUAUGUUUGUUUCGGAGGAUAAUUCCAGAAUUUCAAAUAUAUUUAAGAAAUAAAAGAUUUGAAAAUUUUAGAAUUUUUUUUUUAUUUAUAUUUUUUUUACAUUGCAAUAAACAUGCAUGAUAAACUA